AUAAGGACAAUUAGCCACCAGCGAGCCCCUGCAGACAGCGAGUUAAUUAGGGGUUUCCUGCUCUCCGGCAUGCCCUGUCCCAGCUCCUGUCCCCCCGGGCUCCUAGCGCUGAUGGCACCUGGGCUGGCCCUCAUGGCCACCUUCUCGCUGCCCUCCCAGGCCGGGGACAGGAGAGCGCUGCCGGUGGAGAAAUCUCCAGGUGUGAAGGGAAGGACUCUCAUUCUCCUUGAUGUCAACACCAAGAGCCCUGUCAGGAUAAUCAGUGAGAAUUUCCUCUCCCUGCAGCUGGACCCCUCCAUCAUUCAUGAUGGCUGGCUCGAUUUCUUAAGCUCCCGGCGGCUGGUGACCCUGGCGAGGGGCCUGGCCCCCGCCUUCCUGCGCUUCGCGGGCAAGAGGACGGACUUUCUGCAGUUCCACAACGUGAAGAACCCGGCCAAGAGCCGCGGCGGGCCCGGCCCCGAUUACUACCUCAAGAACUACGAGGACGACAUUGUUCGCAGUGACAUUGCCCUGGAUAAGCAGAAAGGCUGUAAGAUCGCCCAGCAUCCUGACAUAAUGUUGGAGCUACAGAGGGAAAAGGCAGCUCAGAUGCACUUGGUUUUGUUAAAGGAGCAGUUUUCAAACACAUACAGCAACCUCACACUAACAGCCAGGUCUCUAGACAAACUCUAUAACUUUGCUGACUGCUCUGGCCUUCACCUGAUCUUUGCACUGAAUGCUCUGCGCCGAAAUCCCAAUAACUCUUGGAACAGCUCCAAUGCACUCAGCCUGCUGAAGUACAGUGCCAGCAAGAAAUACAACAUCUCCUGGGAGCUGGGCAAUGAGCCCAAUAACUACCGGACCUUGAUUGGCCGCUCAGUGAACGGCAGCCAGCUGGGGAAGGACUACAUUCAGCUGAGGAGCCUGCUGCAGCUCAUCCGUACCUAUUCCAGAGCAAACCUCUAUGGGCCAAACAUUGGGAGACCCAGGAAGAAUGUCAUGGCUCUCUUGGAAGGGUUCAUGAAAGUGGCUGGCAGCACAGUGGAUGCUGUUACCUGGCAACAUUACUACAUCGAUGGCCGAGUGGCCAAAGUGACCGACUUCCUGAAAACACGCCUGCUAGACACACUGUCCGACCAGAUCAGGAAAAUCCAGAAAGUUGUGAACACGUACACACCGGGCAAGAAGAUCUGGCUGGAAGGCGUCGGUGCUACCUCUGCUGGAGGCAUGAACAACCUCUCCGAUUCCUAUGCGGCCGGGUUCCUGUGGCUGAAUACAUUGGGCUUGCUGGCCAGCCAAGGCAUUGAUGUAGUGGUGCGGCACUCCUUCCUUGACCAUGGCCACAACCACCUGGUGGACCAGAACUUCAACCCCCUGCCGGAAAUCCCUCACCUUGUAAGUGGAGAAGCAGACAGGAUGGCUGGGUGCUCUGCUCACCCCAAGAAGGAGUUUACAGGGUUUCUUCAGGGCAACACCAGGGGAGAGUUUGGGGAAUAUGCCCUGAGCUGAUAAAGACAAUUAAGUUAUUCAAAUUACUGCUGUUAUAAUUUUCCAACUAAAUCAGACACCAUGCCUCUUGUGGCCUCUUCCUUGCUCUCCCAUGUGCUCCAGAGCUGAUCUGCUGCUCACGUCCCAGUAACACAGUCCUGCACAAGCACCAGCGUUGCUCGUGCGCUUUAAAAGAGCCACGAGCAGGUGCAGAUUAGUACGGGACUUCAAAGAUGUGAGCAUAAAAAAGCUUGUGGAGAUCAGACUGUGACCCACAUGGCAGUACAGUGACUGCUAUUUUCCCGUGGGAGCUAUCAGGGGGAUGAAAGUGUCUGGAUGGACCUGUGCGGGGUCACCGCGCCGUGAAACCCAACACACUUGCUGGCUGCUGUCACAAAGACUUUUCUGCAGGUGGGAUGGGCACAAGGCAGAGGCUGUUGAGAGAAGGCUGUGCUGUUGCCUGAGUGAGUGUGGCAGUUUGCUGCUGGUCCUGCUCACUUUGGUGCUGCCCUUGUGGCACGGUGCAGCGAGUGGCACAAGGGACCUGGUAAGACCUGGCAUACGCUGUCUGCAUGGGGCCAGGGAAUGUGCACAGCCAGGGCCAUGCACUGGAGACAUUGCUGUGUACAGGAAUAGAAAGGUCAGUGCACAGCUCUCUGCAGUGGGGUGGUGCUGCUGUGGGCCGUGCUGUGAGCCUUCAGACCACACCUGAGCCUUCAUCCAAUGGCAGACCUGCAGAAAUAGGCUUCUCUUGCAACUAAUGGGAAGAAAACAGGAGAAAUUGGGUGCCUUGAAUUGGGCAUGGAUGUGCUCAGGCUGCGGAAUAUAAAUGCUUCUGCCAAGCUUAAUGCAGCUGCUCUCAAGUGUUUUAAUGCCUUGUUAUUUCUGAGAGAACUUGGUUGAGUAUCAUUGAAGUGCUUUUUCUUCUUGAGCGAUCGGGGCAGCCAGCUGUAAAGCAAUCAGGGCUUGACUGCGUGGCAUGUGCUUGAGAAGUCCUUCAGGCAGAGCUUCUCCUGUCCGUAAGUCUGUCUGCAUGCAUCUGAGCCCAUCCAUACGUGUGUGGGAGCAGGGAGUAGAUGAAGUGAGGGGAGAAGCGGCACUGAUAUUCACCCUUCAUGGGGCAAUGCCUUUGAAAAGCCUAUCUGGCAUUUAGGAGCUAUCUGCUCCUUUUAGGCAUGCAGUAGACAUAAUACAUCACCCUGGUUAAUAUCACUCUGAAGCAGUCCAGAAUGGUGCAAAACGUUCAUUUCAUUGCAGAGGCCCCAAGGUAAGUGUGAGCUAUCUCUUCAGACUGCUAGAGCAUGCAAAACUUUGAAAUGCUCAUCCAUACAGAAGUCCCCUCUGUUUUAUCCAUUUUUGGAACUGAUGUCUGCCCCCUUAAUGCACAAGAAGUGCUGUGAGGUUACACCUAUGUGUGCAGAAAUUUGGGUAUGCUUCUAGGGAGGGCCAGAGAAACACAAACCCAACAAAAAGGCCAAAGCUGAAAACCAAACUCAGGUUUCCUGAUAACUGUGGCAUCUCUUGAACCUUCUUCUAAAGGCUGUGAGGGACAAGGUUCUCCUGCAUUAGGUGCUAAAACUUCCUCCAUCUAAGUUUAAUAAACAGCAUACGGGGGCGUGAGAAAAGGCUUCGAGGGAUCACAGGGCAAAGCAAUGGCAGAGGCUGCCUGCUCAGCCGUGGUAGGAAAAGACAGUGUAAUAUUGUGUGUGAAUUGAUGGCGUCCUUGGGAAAGCACCACGGCGGUGCGGCGGGCUGCGCCUGGUGGGGCUGCACUCGGACGCUUGGAUGCCGCCAGCAAUUUUUCACCUCCUUUGCUUAGCCCACAGGCACUGAGGAACUCAAUGGGAAAGUUACUGCGUGUCCUGGCCAAGGUGCCAGGGUUGGGAGCAGGGCUCCCCGCCUGCUGCACGUCUGCAUUCCCCUGAGCGCUCGUUAGCCGAGCUGCCUUGGCGGCCACGCUGCUCCUUACCGCUGAAGGUCCCAGCUUCUCCCCAGCCAAGCCUCUCCUGCCUCGCGCUGUGCUGCAAUAAUCACCCCCAUCCAGGGUUGGGGGCUGCAUCCAUCCACCUGCACCCAUCCCUGCCCUGCUGAUGGGGCCAUGUGGCAGUGGGAAACAGUGUCCCCAUGCGGGGAGCAACAAAGGGUGGGGAGAAGGAGCCGGUCCAUUAGAGCUCACACACAUGGAAGCUGUUCUUUGUGACCGUAAAUCUGCAGCACGGGUGUCUGGCACCCCCAUCUGCCCUGCACACUGGAGUAUGGGCUCUGGCGCAAGUGAUGUCUGCAGAUGGGGAGAGGAAGGGAGUGGAGAGAAUGAAGCAGAAGUGGCUUGUGUGGUACAUGGGCUCUGGCUGCUGGAAAGAGGGAUGAAAUUCUGGGCCAUGUGAAGACCCAAAGCUGCAUGGGAACUGCCUGGUGCAGUUCCGAGGGGCUCUGCUUCUCUUCCAGCCGUGGCUAUGCUGAGGGCUGCAGCAUCCCUUGCUCCCCACACCCUGGCUGCAUUCUAUCUGUGAGCCUGCUCUGAGGCUCCUUUUAUCUGCAAACCAGGAGACAGAUUUAAAGCGCUUGCACUCUGCUCACUGUCACAUUGGGUUAAGGGGCCUUUCCCUCUUUGUGCUCCAUAAAAAAAAAAAGUAUCUGAAGUGCGUAUGCUUGGACUUUGAAAGGCAUCAAAGCUGUGAGCUGCCUGCAGCUCAGGCUCCCACCCACUGGGGCUGUGGGACACAUGCACAGAAGAGCCAUGCCAUGCAUGUGCUGUGCACCCAGCCACCCACUGCCACCAGCUGCAGGGGUGGUGGGGAUAGCAAGGUGCUCUUCAGCAUGGCACACAGCUACUGGCAGAAUGGAGGGAAGUAGUGUGAUGGUGAAAAGUAGCAGAUGAAGGGAAAACAGCAAACAAAUUGUAUUUGGUUUCUAACCUGCCUGAUCCUGUGGCUCUGCUCCCUUCCUGUCGCCUCCAUUGCCUGGACCCUGUUAGGGAGAGGUGAUGACAAAAGGACUCUGACUGCUGCUCCAUCUGCUCUGCUUGUGUGGCGGGAGCUCGCCUGCUCAGGGCCAGUGCACAAUGGCUCAGCAGACUUCUGAGGGUUGUGCUGCUGGGGAGACCCAGAGCUAUGGGACAAGCAGCUGAUGCCGAGCCCGAAUGCACUGCUGCUGGCACUGGUGGGUGAGGCUGUGGCUCUCCCAGCUGCCGUGUGCAUCCAUGUUAGCAGGUAAUUGGGGUUGGAGCAACUCUCCUGGCAGUGCCACGUGCCGUGCUUUGGGACUCACUGGACAGCCAUUGAAAAACGUGACCUCGUUUCCUUUUCCUAACCACAAGAAGAUAUUCCGCCCGCAGGACCAGCCAGCAACCAAGCUGAAGCAAGCCCCCAUAAGCGCACAGCGCAGGCAUCGUGGCCACAGCUGUGAAAGAGUGGGGUGAGAUGAUGCACUCACAGCCGUUGGGGCAGGAAGGAAGAGGAGAAGCACAGCAAAAGCAAUGCAAUCCCAGGCAGAGAUGUCAACAGCUGCAGAGGACUGCUGGGUGCAAGAGCCACCUCUAGGCAGGGCUCGGUGCUGGUGCUGCGCCAUGCAAAGUCUGUGCUGCCCAGGGGGCUGCCGCUGCCAGAUCUUUGUGUGGGAUUUGGGUAGGAAAGCCUUGAGCUGUCCAAGAAGCACAACAAGGUCACGGGUGAUGUUAAGAACUGCAUCAGCCCAGUCCUGCUGGAGGAACGACCAGCCGCGUCUUGAACAGGAUGCACAGACCUCCACAGGGAGUGAGCCUUGGAUGCUGAAGAUCCUUUAAUCUAGUGGAAAAAGAAAGAGCAAGAACCACUGGUUGGAAGCUGACGCCAGACAAAUUCAAGCUGAAAAUAAAGACUGUUAACAGUGCGGAUGUUUAACCACUGGAACAGGUUCCAUGGGAAGUGGCAGUUCUCCAUCCCGCCGGGCCUGCAGAACCAAGUCACUGGAAGAAGCUUUUGCCAAAAACAAGCCACAGGGCUCAGCAGACGGAUAAAAACUCCUCUGUCCUGUGGGACAUGAGAAACUGGGUCCCUUAUCUCAGUAAGGGUUGCUCAGGCAGUCAAAAUGCAGGUUGUGGUGCAGGAAUGCAGCAGGCUGCUGAAACUUGCGUGUGCCUUAGGGAUGGUGUGGGAGAGUUCCAGGGUCUGCCAGGCUGGGCACUGUGGAUGCACCUUGAGUGCCCACCUACCUGCUGUUUAUAGAGAGACUGAAGGUCUGGGGCUUAGGUUUCCUGGCUACAGCAACCUUUUCUCAUGUGUGCAGUUGGACAGGCUUGGGCAGGCUGUAAAGUAGCUUUGCUGCCUGUAGGAGGGAGCAAGGGAGAUCCUCCUGAGCGCUUUGUAGCAGCUCUGGAGGCAGGAGAUGUGGUUAGCGGGGCUGUCUGAAGGGCUGACUAAUCAGCUGCCUUUCCAAAAGCUUAAGCUUCUAAAAGCUCCUGUGAUGAAUUAAAACAUGUAAGGAGAUAAAGCAGGACCCUCUGGGCUUUCCCCGUCUGGUGGAGAGCUCUCCCCUCUAGCACACAGAAGACGUGGUUGGACUGAGCUCCACAGAUCAGCUCGCGUGAGACCAUGGCCCUUCCUGCCUGCAAAUCCACCGUCCCAGCCAGGGACCUCCUGCUCUGCUCUGCUCAGGUGCCUGCAGCCCCGCCGAGGACUGUAGCAGCAGCCUUAAUAGGUCUGCAAAGUAAUUAAAGCAAGAAAGCUCCCUCGGUUCCCCAGGGACUAAUAGCGGACCAGAUUCCUUUCUGCUAUUCCUCCUCUAGCCUUAUGGUUGUAUAAUGGCUCACCACAGGAGCUCUCAGCAGCUCCAAGGCCCUGGUCCUGCUGUGACUGGGCUGGAUCGAGCUGUGCUCUGCUCCGGGCUGUGGCUUUUUGCUGCAAGGUGGUCACGAGGACACAUGGAGGAGACACAGCCAGGGAAACAGACACAGCCAGGGAAAAAGCCACCCUGUUGCUUUCAGAUAUGGGUGUCAAGACCCAACUUCCCACUUCAGUGACCAUCUGAACAGGAGACAAAGCAAAUUGUAGUUGCAGGUGCCCAGCAGCCCUGAUGGGAUUUUGGUUGGGGCUCACAGCCUUGCAGCAGCCAGGGAAGUGCCCACACCCAGAGGUUUUGUUCUGAUCAUGCUGAAUGCGUGUGCAAUUCAUCAUCCAAAUACUCGAUGUCACUGGCUCCUGGUAAUUUAUUGCAAGGAACAUGAUUUUGGCCCCUGCUGCAAGCAGGCUUGCGAUGACGCGAAAAGCUGCAGCUGUCUUCAGUGCUUCCCUGCAGCAAGCUGAAUGGCUUGAGUUCCUCCAGGCUGCAGCAAAAGGCUCCUUUUCCAGCCCCUGGGUCAUUUUUCUGGCCCAGCUUUGAACUCUCUUUGGUGCUUCCACAUCCUUCUUGAAAGAAAGGCUUCAGAGCUCACCCUGCCUGCCAAGAAGGGUAAAAUCACUGAGCUUCUUCUCCUCCUGCAGAUGCUGAAGGGACACAUUGGUCCCCACACUGCUCUGAGCAUCUCUGCUAAGGUAGUUGGUAGCACUGACGGAUCUGCUAAGCCACAGCUUUUAGGGGAGCACCAAGAGCACAUGGAACACGAAGGGUGGCCACCAAGUCCCCAAGGACUCCCUUUGAGUCCUCUAGCAUCUAUCACUCCCAUAAUUUGCCAGCAAAACCAGCAUCUUGCUGAUGGAAAAGUGCACAGAAAGCAAGAAACUCCACAGUGCUGCAAGGAAGAGCUAUCUAACAGGGAGCUAACAGGCCAUCUUCAGGCUGGGCCAAAAGCAGCUAGAGGAGGGCAGGAGGUUUUCCCCCAGCCCUCUGGCCAAAGAUGACCCAGCCAGUGGGAAGCAGGUUUGGAUGUCCCUGUGGCAGGCUGAGUGGCACUGCUGGCACCAACCAGAUGGGUGUUCCUCUUGGCUGGUAGCUGCUGCGGCAACAAGGACAGAGCCCCGUCCUGCAAAGCGGCCCUCUGAGCAUGCCCCCUCCCUUCCUACAACCCUGCUUCAUUUACUGCACACCUCCCAGCUUCUGCAGCGGAUGAGGGGGGGCCCUGCAGACGGUGGCUGCCAGCAGUGCACAGCCUUGCUUCCCUCCCCGGGGCCUGGGGCCCAUCCUGUGUGCUAAGCGAGGCCGUGCCCUGUGGGAAAAUAUAGUAUGUGGUGACGUAAUUAAAAGGCUGCAUCAUUAAUGCAUGUGCACAGGGGCUGAGCAUUUCCUAUUUCUUGAAUACUUGGCUUCCCUGCGCUAUGGUCAUGGGUGCUUAGCUCCAAAGGCGGCUUUUGGAGGAGAAAUACCUCUGGGGAGUGAAGCACCCCAGGCUCUCUCCAGAGCCAAUUUGCCAUCAGCAGAGUGGGGAGCAUGGGAUAGAUCGAGGGGUUCCAGCCUUGCACAGCAAUGGGGUGGAAGGUGUCAUUGUUCCAUGUGGGCUGUGCGUGGCUUUGCAGCGUGGCUGUGUGUAGGUCCAUGAGAUGUGAGAUAGCAUCCGUGCUGCUUUCCACCAAGCUGCAUGGCCUGAGCUCCUUUAGAGGAUAUCGGUGUCUCUUAGCGUGCAAAGCAAUGUACUCCUUCCUUAAUCUCUUUCCUGGAAACAGCUACACCAUUUUGGCUUGAUCUGUGCCAAAAAAUAAAAGCUCACCCCAAGGCAGACACCUGGCAU